AUGGCUGAACCGAAAAAGAAAAAAAUUAAGAGCCUUGAAGACUUCGGUUUUUUUAAUAAACCGAAACCUGGGUCUGAUGAUCAAAAUAGGAAUGCUGUUCCAUCAGGUGGCUCCAGGGGUGAUGUAGUAUCUAUUGCCGAUCCACAAAGUAACGUGACUCAACCUGACGUAACUAAGACACACCCAACAAUUAGAAAACUUCUACCAGUGUUGAGUAUGAUAGAAAAUGUGUAUGAUUACCAAAAUCUGAAGUACUUUGAUCAUAAAUCAGUGGGUUCGCAGAGAGAGUUUUUCUUAACAUUAGGUGCAACUGUGAAAGAGUCUGUGAUGGAAAAGGUCAAGAAAAGUGCUGCGUUCGGUAUAUUGUCAGAUGAAGCCUGUGAUAUCAGUGUAACCGAACAGCUAAUAACAUUUGUUCAAUAUUUUGAUCAUGAUACAGGUAAUGUCCAUGUGUCGUAUUUGUCCUGUCAAGAUGUACUAGAAAAAUCAAGCUCAGCAAAUGCUCAGGCCAUAUCAGACCUUCUUGUAGAUACUGUAGAAACUAGUGGACUUGACAUUAAAAAGAUGACAGGGUUUUCAUCAGAUGGUGCGUCCGUAAUGGUGGGUAAAAGAGGAGGGGUAGCUGCACUACUGCGCUUGAAGAAUCCGACUCUAAUUAAUAUACAUUGUAUAUGCCACAAACUUGCUCUAUCCUGCACUGACAGCAAUGAAGGUAUUACAUACAUCAAGGAAGUAGAACUUAUCCUUAGACAGCUGUGGUCUUAUUUUGAAAAUUCUCCCAAACGUAUGGCAGCAUAUUUAAAAUUGCAAAUGCAGUUCAAACACAUGAACUUGAGUAAAGGAGCUUCAAAAACUGUAGCAUCACGCUUAAAAAAGGCAUGUAGAACCAGGUGGCUGAGCCUUGACUCAUCUGUCAAAGCUGUGCACAAUGAUUAUGAAGCUCUCGUGACAACACUAGCACAGUCUCAAACUGAAGAUGCCAUGGCCCUGGGGUUACUGAAAAAGAUAAAAACUAUGAAAUUCCUUGGCACAAUCUACAUUCUCAAAGAUGUAUUGCCAGUUUUGUCAAACCUUUCUAGAGUGUUCCAAAGAGAUACAUUCUGUUUUUCAUCCAUAAUUCCUGAGAUUAAUCGGGCUAAAGACAAGCUUAAUGGUAUUCUUGAGGAGGAGACCCCUCUUGUUUCUCUUCAAAGUGACAUAGAUUCGUAUACAAACAUCAGUGCUGAAUUAUCAAUGUCCCCAAAAGUGAUGGAUGAUUUACAGUCAUUGUUCAAGAAAUACAUCACUGCCUUGAAAGACAACAUAGAUCACAGAUUUGGUGAUUCUUCAGUAAUAUUGACAGCUUUCUGCAUUUUUGAUCCAGUAACAGUUCCAGGAGACUCAGCCCUGUUCAAAGAGCAUGGGAAUAGAGAAAUCCAACAGAUAGCCACACACUUUUUUGCAGAUAAUGAGGAGGACAGAAAUCAACUUAAAAAUGAAUGGAGUGGCAUAAAAUAUCAUCUGAGGGACACUUUGAAACCAAAUAUUCCACAGUCUGUUCUUGACAACACACACAAGAUCACCACUACAGAAUGGUGUCUCUGUCAACUUUUGUCUGUGACAGUGUACAAACAAUUCUUUCCAAAACUGUGCUUUGUAGCAGAAGUGGCAGCUUCACUUCCAGUUAGUAAUGCCUGGCCAGAAAGGGGAGCUAGUGCUCUCAAGAACAUAAAAACACGACACAGAAACAGAAUUCAAAAUGACUUGCUUGAUGCUCUGAUGCAGGUUACUGUAAAUGGCCCAAAGUGUGAGGAUGCAGGAGAACUAGUUAAGUCAGCAGUGUCUCAGUGGCUUAGUAUGAAGGACAGGAAAAAGUUAGCAGUAAGAGCUGAGAAGUCUACAUCAACAGCAGCAACUGCAGCAGCUGCUGCUACCACUUCCACAGAGUCAGGGAUGCAGACAGAUGACACUCACUUGGUUAUUGGUCAGGAUGAACUACGAAUGGAAAUUGAAGCUGCGAUGAAAACACUUCUUUUAGAGGAAGAGGUUGGGGAGUCUGACCAAGAAGAUGACCAAGAAGAUGACAGCUUUUAA